CAGGGCAGCCACAUAAUUCCCAAUGGAGAACAAUACUGAGGUGACUGAGUUCAUUCUCACAGGGUUAACAGAUAACUCAGAGCUCCAGAUACCAUUGUUCAUUGUCUUCCUUCUCAUCUAUCUCAGCACUGUGCUUGGGAACCUGGGAAUGGUAGGGUUGAUUCUACUGGACUCACACCUCCACACUCCCAUGUACCUUUUCCUUAGUCACCUAUCUCUGGUGGACUUUGGUUAUUCUUCAGCUAUCACUCCCAAAGUAAUGGCAGAUCUCCUCUCAAUAGACAAAAUCAUAACUCACAGUGCUUGUGGCACCCAAUUCUUCUUCUUUGUAAGCUUUAUAACUACAGAAAGCUUCCUCUUGGCAGCCAUGGCUUAUGAUCGCUAUGCAGCAGUGUGUAAGCCCCUGCAUUAUACCACCACCAUAACCACAAACACAUGUGCUUGUCUGACCAUAGGCUCCUAUGUCUGUGGCUUCCUGAAUUCCUCUAUUCACACUGGAAACAUUUUCAGGCUCUCCUUCUGCAAGUUUAAUGUGAUAGACCACUUUUUCUGUGAUGCUCCACCUCUCCUGGCCCUUUCAUGCUCAGAUACAUUUGUCAGUGAGAUGGUGAUUUUAUUUGUGGUAGGUUUCAAUGAUAUCUUCUCUAUUGUGGUCAUCACGAUCUCAUACCUGUUUAUAUUCAUUACCAUUCUGAGGAUGCAUUCAUCUGAAGGACGCCAGAAGGCCUUUUCCACAUGUGCUUCUCACCUUACUGCAGUAUCCAUCUUUUAUGGGUCAGGCAUCUUCAUGUACUUGCAGCCUACUUCUAGCCACACCAUGGGAAAUGACAAGGUGGCAUCUGUAUUCUAUACCAUGAUCAUCCCCAUGUUGAAUCCUUUGGUCUACAGCCUGAGGAACAAAGAGGUCAAGAGUGCAUUCAAAAAGGCUGUGGAGAAAGCAAAAUUUCCUACAGCAUUCACACUUUAAUUAUAUUGAACUUGCACAAAUG